AUUAGAUUUUUAGAUGGCGUGCAGACAUUUUUGUUCCUUUGCUCUCUCCAUUCGCCGUUCGUAGACGCCAAGAACCCUAACAGAUCAAAACCCAGAAGCUGAAAUCUUUGGGGGCAUGAGGUUUUGCAUGUGUACAUUUAUGGGAUUUGUGUAAUUUAUACCAUUGAAUCUUUUUCUCUCUCUCCUGGUUUGACUGUAUUUGAGCUUAAAGAAAAGGAGAAUGCAAUGGACCUGGAUAAUUUGUGAGGAUAUUUAACAAAGUGUACAUUGUUGUCCUGCAAUUUUCUUUAUCAUUUGCUUUUGUGAUGGAUGGUGGUGAUAAUGGUCUUAACAUACGUAAUUGGGGUUACUAUGAACCUGCUACGUCCUAUAAGAGCCAUCUGGGGCUGCAGCUGAUGUCUUCCAUGCCGGAAAAACCGAUGCUUGGAGGGCGCAAUGCUGCAGUUUUAUCUGGCACUAAUGGGGCAUUUCACCUUAGGGACAUUGGGAUGCCCCAAACUACAUACCCUAUGGAUUACAACAUGAGGGAUGGAUCAUGGAUUAGUAGUCAGAGAGAUAAGUAUAUGAAUAUGAUACCUACAAACCCGACUUAUGGUGGUAUCCCGGAGACGUCUUCAGCACAUCAUAUUCAAAUGAUUCAACAACCUGAAUUGUCAAAGGAAGAAAUACCAAUGGAAGAGGCACCUGUUGUUGAGAAGGCGAAUGGCGCUAGGAAGAAAAGGCAGGGUCCCAAGGUGCCCAAAUCCCCCAAGGCAAAGAAGCCCAAGAGGGGUCCUCGCGUCCCAAAGGAUGAGAAUACUCCUUCUGUUCAACGAGCAAGGGUUCCGAAGAAAACUACUGAAAUUGUAAUAAACGGGCUUGAUUUGGAUAUUUCCAGUAUUCCAAUUCCUGUUUGUUCAUGCACUGGGACACCUCAACAGUGUUAUAGAUGGGGAUCUGGAGGAUGGCAGUCUGCGUGCUGCACAACUGGCAUGUCAAUGUAUCCUUUGCCUAUGAGUACCAAGCGGCGUGGUGCUAGGAUAGCUGGAAGGAAAAUGAGUAUAGGAGCAUUUAAGAAAGUUUUAGAGAAACUUGCGGCCGAGGGUUAUAACUUUUCUAAUCCAAUUGAUUUGAGGACUUAUUGGGCAAAACAUGGCACCAACAAGUUUGUCACUAUCAGGUAGGUGUACUUCAGUUUUUACAGAAACAGGUUUUUAAAGAUUGUGUGGAGGUAAGAUGGUUAUCAUAGUGGUAGAAUGUUUUUUUUAUGCAUUUCCAAAUGUAGAAUUAAAAAAAGAAGAAGAAAAAUUAAUCAAAUCAGUACUUCUAUCUGUCA